AUGGAACAAUCGCUAGAAGAAGAUCGACGUAGGGAGGAGGAGGAAGCCGCGACGCGUCAAAAGCGAACCCGGAAAUACAUCCCUCGUGACCGGGAGCAAGCCGCCGCAAGGUUGGUACGCGAUUACUUCUCUAACAACCCGAGAUGGGAUGAUACCUACUUCCGUCGCCGUUUCCGCAUGCGGCGGGUGUUAUUUCUGCAUAUCGCAAAUACAUUGGCGGCCCGAGAAGAGUACUUCAAAGAAGGUUUCGACGCUACUGGCCGUCCCAGUCACACGACGCUCCAGAAAUGUACUGCAGCAAUCCGUCAGCUUGCUACUGGACAAACAACGGAUUUGUUCGACGAAUACCUGCGCGUCGGAGAAACCACUGGGAGACUUUGUUUGAUGAAUUUCUGCAAAGGCGUCAGGGCAGCCUUCACCGACGAAUUUCUGAAGAAGCCAAACACCGUGGAUUGUCAGUUUCUGCUCCAACUACACGAACAAGUACACGGAUUCCCCGAGAUGCUCGGGAGCGUCGAUUGCAUGCAUUGGCAAUGGAAGAAUUGCCCAACGGCGUUGAGGGGACAAGAACGAAUGCACGAGCCCUUACAGUCCCAACAAGUAUUCAAUGUUGAAAGGGAAUAG